GAGUCAGAAUAAAAUAUUUUCAAGAGGUGUCCCGCAUUAAUGUUGCCGGAUCUAACAGUAGCUGCUAGAGUCGAAGACUGCGGGUCUAGUACGGGGAAUGGGACGAAGCUCUUGCCCGUUGAUGGCACGGGUAUAUCGAUAUCUUUGUCUGUAGAAAUCUGCGCUGUCGCUCAGCUUCGCAUCCCUGGGAUAGCUACAGUAUGUAGAGGCAUAGAACCACACAUGCGUGAUUUGCAUUCUUCUCGUUACAUUUCAAGUCGACACUUAUACGGUUUCCCUAAUCCUAGCCAGCUCGUCCUUUGGUUCGAAAUUCUGAUUAACCAUGUGGUAUUCGCGGGUAUUAUACAGGGACUCCGGCAAUCACUUGAUUAAACAGCGUCAUUGCUCCUUGCCCUGUCCCACUACUGGCACCUAUUCCUCUUUCCGCGGAUCAUCGCCAUGUAUCAACGUCCCAGGGUUGUGUGCCUUUUCAUGCCCUACGCCCUUAUCA